GUGCUGGGUGUCUAUCAUGCCAAAGUCCACUAUGGUUUGGGUAAACCUGAGCAUUUUGAGUUUCUUCAUGUGUGCUGGUUUGGUAAUGAUCCCAAAUGGGAGGGAGAGCCCAAAUGGUUACAGCUGGAUUGCAUUGGAUAUGUCAAUUUCAAAGCCAGCAUUAACAUUAGUUGCUUGCCAGUAUUUGGGUUUGUGGACCCUAACAACAUCCUCUGUGCUUGCCAUUUAAUCCUAGCAUUCUUUCCUGAUAUGACCACUGAACUCCUACCUCCAUCUUGCACACAUGAUGCACCUGACAGUGAUUGGCUUAACCACUAUGUCAUGUGGUGA